AGAACUAAUACUGCGAGGCCAAUCAACUUGGAAAUUAAACACUCUUAAUCAUAUCUUGCCCCUAAAAUAUUCUUAUCCAAAAUGGGUGUUGAGAAUGGAAAUUUCUCCGUAAAUGUGACCAAUGAAGAGGUGGUGGCAGCAGUAGUACCAAUGCAAGAAUAUUGGCUCCCACUUUCUAACCUUGACCUACUUCUACCUCCACUUGAUGUAGGAGUCUUCUUUUGCUACAAAAAUCCCAUGCUCAAAUCCACAACCUUAGGGAAUAGUGGCACCAACAAAAUGACCUUUGGAUCUAUGGUGAGGUCUCUUAAAAAUGCCUUGGCACAAACUCUAGUCUCUUAUUAUGUAUUUGCAGGUGAAGUUGUGCCUAAUAAUAUGGGUGAACCCGAGGUGCUUUGUAAUAAUCGUGGAGUUGAUUUUGUUGAAGCUGAGGCAGAUGUGGAGCUAAAGUGCCUCAACUUUUACAACCCAGAUGACACCAUUGAAGGAAAGUUUGUUACUAAGAAGAAGAAUGGUGUGCUUGCUGUCCAGGCAACUUCACUCAAGUGUGGUGGAAUAAUUGUGGCAUGCACAUUUGACCAUCGCGUAGCAGAUGCUUAUUCCACAAACAUGUUCCUUGUUUCAUGGGCCGAUAUGGCCCAGCCCACCAAGCCCAACAACACCCUCGUCGUCACUGUCGCCCCAACCGCUUCUCGCCACCCAUGUUUCCGCCGCUCCCUCCUCAGUCCUCGGCGUCCAGGUUCCAUUCACCCUUCCCUACACCACAUGUACACCCCCAUCUCCGAGCUUCCUCCUCCUCCAUCCACCGCCUCCGCCGCUCUCCUCAGCCGCAUAUACUACGUCACGGCGGAGCAGCUCCACCUCAUGCAAGUCUUCGCCGCCACACGCACAAAGCUCGAGUGUUUCUCCGCAUUCUUGUGGAAGAUGGUUGCACGUGCGGCUUCGAAAGAGAAAAAUGGUAAAAGGGUUGUGGCCAAAAUGGGCAUUGUGGUUGAUGGAAGGAAAAGGCUUGGCAAUGGUGACAAAGAGAGUGAAGCAAUGAUGGAGAGUUAUUUUGGGAAUGUGCUUUCCAUACCCUUUGGCGGGAAACCGGUGGAGGAGUUGGUAGAGGAGCCGCUAGGGUUUUUGGCGGAAGCCGUUCACGAGUUUUUGGCGGCCGCCACAACUGAGGAGCACUUCUUAGGGCUAAUUGAUUGGGUGGAGGCUCACCGGCCGGUUCCUGGUAUAACUAAAAUUUAUUGUAACAACGCCGACGAUGGACCGGCCUUUGUGGUGUCCUCCGGACAAAGAUUUCCGGAGGACAAAGUGGAUUUUGGGUGGGGGAAGGUUGUGUUUGCCUCAUACCAUUUUCCUUGGGGUGGUGAAACUGGUUAUGUUAUGCCAAUGCCAAGUCCUUUGAGAAAUGGUGAUUGGAUUGUGUACAUGCACCUUGCCAAGAAACAGUUGGAGAUCAUAGAAUCUGAGGCUGCUCAUGUCUUUAAGCCCUUAACUUGGGACUACCUUAACCAGUAUAAUUGAUAUAUAUGGUGUUGAGUGUGUUGUUAUUUGUUAAUAUGUACUAGUGAUAUAACCAGUAUAAUUGAUAUAUAUGGUGUUGAGUGUGUUGUUAUUUGUUAAUGUGUACUAGUGAUAUGUGUUUGUUGAAAUGUUCAUUUAGUUGUUGUAACAAAAUUAUAUGUUACGUGGUUGGUCAAGUUUGUAGAGUGUAAACACGGUUGAUUUGGAAGGGUUUGCUUUUAGCUAAUGA